AUGAUCCCUGAACCUAUCAAACCUGAGGACAAUGUUUCCACAGUGAAGCAAUUUCUCCUACUGGGCUUCUCUGACCUUCCAAACCUCCAAGGGUUUCUAUCUGGAGUGUUCUUCAUUAUUUACAUAAUUAUCCUUCUCGGGAAUAGCCUCAUAAUCAUAAUUACCAGACUUAACCCUGCCCUACAGAAACCCAUGUAUUUUUUCCUGGCUAAUUUUUCUUUCCUGGAAAUCUGCUAUGUAUCAGUCACUCUGCCUGUGAUUCUGGUUAAUAUUUGGACUCAGGACCGAACCAUGCCUCUGCUGGCCUGUGCCAUCCAGUUGUGCUUUUUCCUCAUCCUAGGAACCACUGAGUGCUUCCUCCUGGCUGUGAUGUCCUAUGACCGCUACGUGGCCAUCUGUCACCCUCUCCACUAUCCUCUGAUCAUGACCCCGAUGAAAUGCAUUCAGCUAGCCACUGGAUCCUGGCUCAGUGGAAUUCCAGUACAGAUAGGACAGACCUGCCAGAUAUUCUCCCUACAUUUCUGCCAAUCUAACCACAUCGACCACUUCUUCUGUGACAUACCCCCCAUUAUGAAACUGGCAUGUGGAGACACAUCUGUACACGAACUGUCUGUCUAUGUAGUGGUCAUGUUAGUGGCUGCUGUUCCUUUUCUGUUGAUCCUUGCUUCUUACAGCAAAAUCAUUUCCACCAUUCUAAGGUUGCCAACAGCCCAAGGACGGGGCAAGGCCUUCUCCACUUGCUCUUCUCACCUGAUAGUUGUGGUUUUAUUUUAUGGAUCUGCUAGCAUUACCUACUUCAGGCCCAAAUCUAAUCAUUCUGCAGGAACUGACAGAUUGCUUUCUCUUUUCUAUACCAUUGUUACUCCCAUGAUGAAUCCACUGAUAUACAGCCUGAGGAACAAGGAGGUGAUUGCAGCAUUGAGAAAAUUAUUCCUUAAAACAUAG